AAUUGUCAACUUAGCCGGUUGACGACAUCUCCACUUUGAAUUCUGAAUCCAUCAAAUUUAUCUCGAACGAAAUAUUUUUCUGAAUUUUUAAGUUCACUUCCAAUCAAAGUAUUAUUUCCUUUGUGCCAUGACAGAAAAUACUUCAGUGGUAACCGAAGCAGGAGGUUGCGCAGAGGAAAAGUGGAUAAUAAAAAAUUGGAAUGGUAACCAUCAAUUGAUUGUAGCCGCCCAAGCUGGAGUUCAUGUUGAAGUUGGUGAUCCGAAGAUUCGCCUACGUUUUUUCUUGCGAUCAAAAGAGAAAUUGAUACCUUACUUGGGGGCUGUCUGAUUCUAAGUAGAUGGUAUACUCUCUGUGCAGAAGUUUUGACUCGGGUAACCGAAAAUGCUUCUAUCAAAGUAACUGCUAGAGUCCUGAAUAACAACGCGGAAGUGCUGUUAAAAGAUGGAACAAUCGCACUUAACCCGAAAAUGCAUGUCGUUGGGAAUGUUGUUGAAGUUGUAGACAGAUUCAUUUCUUUAGAAUCGAUUCGCUUGGAUUCAAAUGGUCUGUUGGGCCCGCCAAGUUACCUUGGAACUAUACAAGGAUUGCCUCAAAAUGACGUUGCAAUCAUUAUCAGUGCACAGAUGUUCCGUUUAACUAACACUGGCAAAAAGAUUGCCCCUACUGCUACCGACACUGAAGAAACUGAAGGCACGUUGGCUCAUGAUCUAAAAAAUAUGUUUGUGGCGCAUGAGAACUAUGCUGACUUAAAGUUAGAGUCGAAAGACAACAUGACUUUGGAUGCUCACAAGUUCAUUUUGGCAUCCAGAAGCCCAUAUAUGCGAAAAUGUAUCGACGAUGCAAUGAAAACUGAGAAUUUCAACGGAACAAUCAAAAUGAACAUGAACGGCAAGCCGCUGGUUACAAUCUUGCAUUGGAUGUACACUGCUGAACUGCACGAGAACGCUAGCAAUGUGAUGGAAGAGGUUGUGGAUGCGGCUGUUUUGUUCGAAUUGACUCAAUUGAUGAAACUCUUGGACAGGAAAGUCAUUACCAUCUGCAACAAGGAUAAUAUGUUCCGGCUGUACCAAGUAGCGCAGAAAAAUGGAAUGCCGAAUGCGAUGGAUGAUAUUUCUGCCUACAUUCGAGCAAAUUUGUAAGAUGACCGACCAAACGGGCCAAACGAAGGAGCAAUGGCAAUACGACUCGUUCGGUUAUUUUGACCUUUUUUAUAAACUUAACACUCAGCAGUUAGCUGCAAUAAAAUACUUUCAUA